AUGGCCUCAGAAGACGUCGUCGCAGUUGAGUCCCACACUUCACAAAAUACGACAGAUAUUGUUGGACCUGCCGAAGAUGAAAUUUCUUAUGGCCCCGUUCUCAUUUCCAAGCUUGAAGGAAAUGGUAUCACAAGCUCAGACAUCCGCAAGCUCGUAGAAGCAGGCUACAACACUGUCGAGAGCAUUGCAUACACUCCCAAACGCAUUUUGCUUACAGUCAAAGGCAUUUCAGAGGCCAAGGCAGAUAAACUUCUGCAUAUGGCAUCGCAGUACGUGCCCAUGGGUUUCACCACGGCCACAGAGUUUCACCAAAGGCGAUCGGAGCUCAUCUCCAUUACCACUGGAUCCAAACAGCUUGAUACUCUUCUUGGUGGUGGCAUCGAAACCGGGUCUAUCACGGAGAUUUUUGGCGAGUUCCGCACAGGCAAGUCGCAGCUGUGCCACACGCUCGCAGUGACGUGCCAGCUGCCCAUCGACAUGGGCGGUGGCGAGGGGAAGUGCUUGUACAUUGAUACUGAGGGCACGUUCCGACCGUCGCGUUUGCUGUCGAUCGGCUCGCGAUACGGACUCGAUGGCAACGUGGCGCUCGAUAACGUGGCGUAUGCACGCGCCUAUAACGCAGACCAUCAGCUACAGCUGUUGAAUCAGGCAGCCGCCAUGAUGGCCGAGUCACGGUUUUCGCUACUGAUUGUCGAUAGUAUCAUGGCACUGUACCGGACAGAUUUCAGUGGUCGUGGCGAGCUCAGUGCGCGUCAAACACAUGUCGCCAAGUACAUGCGCAUGCUGCAGCGGCUGGCUGACGAGUUUGGCAUAGCAGUGGUAAUUACAAACCAAGUUGUGGCCCAGGUAGAUGGUGCCGCAGGUAUGUUUAACGCGGAUCCGAAGAAACCUAUUGGCGGUAACAUUAUUGCGCACGCGUCAACUACGCGCUUGUCUCUGCGUAAGGGCCGUGGGCCACAGCGUAUUUGCAAGAUUUAUGACUCGCCCUGUUUGCCUGAAUCAGAGUGUGUAUUUGCCAUUUAUGAAGAUGGUAUUGGUGAUCCAGAGGAUCCAGAAUCUUGA